GGCUCCGUCGCUCCCACGUACUGGCAGUUGAGAGGUCAAGCGGCAGCGAUGGCGGCGCUCAGAGGCAGUGCCGUCGUGUGGCGCGUAGUCCUGGCCCUGAAGCAUGUAGCAUCCUGGUCCAGGUGCAGUUUAGCAGUCUCUCGAGCAUUGUACUCUACAGUGCAUGAUCCAAAUGAACCAACGUUUGAUAAAAUCCUUAUUGCGAACAGAGGAGAGAUCGCAUGCCGGAUCAUUAAGACUUGCAAAAGAUGGGGAUAAAAACAGUUGCAAUUCACAGUGAUGUGGACGCCAAUGCUGUUCAUGUAAAGAUGGCAGAUGAGGCUUCCUGCGUUGGACCAGCCCCCACCAACAAAAGCUACCUCAACCUGGAUGCCGUCAUGGAAGCUAUUCAAAAGACCGGUGCCCAAGCUGUCCACCCAGGAUAUGGGUUUCUUUCAGAAAACAAAGACUUUGCUAGACGUCUGGCUGCUGAAGGUGUCACCUUCAUUGGACCUGACACGCAUGCUAUUCAAGCCAUGGGUGACAAGAUUGAAAGCAAGUUAAUAGCCAAGAAUGCAAAAGUCAACACCAUCCCUGGUUAUGAUGGAGUGGUCAAGGAUGCUGAUGAAGCUGUCAGAAUUGCCAGGGAAAUUGGCUAUCCCGUCAUGAUCAAGGCUUCAGCAGGAGGUGGUGGGAAAGGAAUGAGAAUAGCCUGGAAUGAUGACGAGACCAGGGAAGGAUUUAGAUUUUCAUCACAAGAAGCUGCCUCAAGUUUUGGAGACGAUCGCCUCUUGAUCGAGAAGUUCAUUGAUAAUCCUCGGCACAUUGAGAUUCAGGUUAUAGGAGAUAAACACGGCAACACCCUGUGGCUGAAUGAGAGAGAGUGUUCCAUUCAGAGGAGAAAUCAGAAAGUUGUAGAAGAGGCACCAAGCACUUUUCUGGAUCCAGACACUCGAAGAGCCAUGGGAGAACAAGCAGUGGCAUUGGCAAAAGCUGUCAAUUAUUCCUCUGCUGGCACAGUUGAAUUCCUCGUGGACUCCAGGAGGAAUUUUUAUUUCUUAGAAAUGAACACUCGACUUCAGGUUGAGCAUCCUGUCACUGAAUGCAUUACUGGCCUGGACCUGGUCCAAGAAAUGAUCCGCGUUGCCAAGGGUUACCCACUUUGCCACAAGCAAGCUGAUAUUCCCAUCAAUGGCUGGGCAAUUGAAUGCAGAGUGUAUGCAGAGGAUCCCUACAAAUCCUUUGGACUGCCUUCAAUUGGGCGCCUCUCUCAGUAUGAAGAGCCAUUACACGUGCCCAGCGUUCGUGUUGAUAGUGGCAUUCAGGAAGGAAGUGACAUUAGCAUUUAUUAUGAUCCUAUGAUUUCAAAAUUGGUUACCUAUGGAGCCAGCCGUGCAGAAGCUUUGCAGAGAAUGGAAGAGGCACUAGACAGUUAUGUGAUUCGAGGAGUGACUCACAAUGUUCCACUGCUCCGUGAGGUUAUCAUUCACCCACGCUUUGUGAAAGGAGACAUCACCACGAACUUCCUUCCAGAGGUCUAUCCGGAUGGUUUCAAAGGACAUAAACUGCUAGAUUCUGAGCACAAGGAGUUGUUGGCCACAGCCGCGUCGAUUUACGUCACUUCUCUGCUAAAGGCUCAGCGAUUUCUCAGAAGUUCUACAAGGGCUCCUGCUGCUAACCGAGGAGAGAGGAGCUGGGAGCUGUCAGUACAGCUGGAUGAUGGGACGCAUUCUGUUACAGUCUCACAAGCAGGUUCAUCGUACACUGUGGAGGUUGAUGGAAAGACACUAAGUGUGACCAGUGAAUGGAACCUCGCUUCACCCUUGUUGCCUGUCACCAUUGAUGGAACCCCAAGGACCAUCCAGUGCCUGUAUCGCGAUGCAGCCGGGAAUAUGAAGAUUCAAUACCUUGGGACAGUGUACAAGAUCCAAGUGCUGACCCAGCUAGCAGCAGAGCUGAAUAAGUACAUGCCUGAGAAGGUGCUGGAGGACACUGGUAACACUAUAAUAUCGCCCAUGCCUGGAACAAUUGUCAGUAUAGACGUAGCAGUUGGAGAUGAGGUUUCAGAAGGGCAGGAGGUGUGUGUAAUCGAAGCAAUGAAGAUGCAGAACAGUUUGAUGGCAAUUAAAUUUGGAAAGGUUAAAGAAAUAAACUGCAAGCCAGGAGACACAGUUGGAGAAGGAGAUGUUCUAAUAGAGUUUGAGUGAUGUGUUUUCAGAGUGUUUAAGAUUUACUUUGCAUCAUGUCUCUAGAUUUUUGAUUACAACUCCAACCUGUAACUCCAAUGUACAUUCCUGUAUGGAUUUUUUUUUAAAAUGAUGCCUCUAAUAUUUAUUACUGUUUGCAGAAUUUUGUGUGAUAAUUCUGAAAGAGUGGUUAACAAUUCAGAAUGACUGUCACUUACCUCAACAGAAAAUGGACACUCUGUUCUCCAAAUGCCUCUUCCUCAGGACUGAACAGAGAUCAGGUUAUCCACGGAAGGUGGACGUAAAGUGAGGCAUGUUUUUGUGUUCAAUCAAUUGAAUCUGCUACUGGCAAGUCCGACAACUAAAUCAGAUCCAUUUAAUCAAUACACAGGCAUUCAAAUCAGGAGAACAGCCAGCCCCUCAAGCCUGCUCUGCCAUUUAACAAAAUCAUGGCUCCUCUGAUUUCAAUCCCUUAGUGAUUGAGAAUCCAUCUACCUCCGCCUUCAAACGUUCUGUCAUGUCUUCCUCAAAAAGCCCACUAUCUCAAGAAAGAAAAAAAUUGCCCAUCUCUUUUUAAAUUAUUUUUCAACAGUGAUCCCUACUUUUUAAGAGUUUAAGACACAACCUCUCCACAUCUUCCUUGGUAAAACCCCACAGUUAGCUGCAUAGACAAUACAAUGAGUGAAAUUAAAGGUGUUUUCUUGCCAAUUUUCUGAUGACAUUUAACUAAAUGGCCUGGAGCACUCAGUAUUAUUGUCAUCAUACCCAAAAUAAAAUGUACUGCCAGAUCAGCACUGGGAUCGGAAUACAGUCUGAGUGACAGUAAGACUGCUUCUGUAGCAAUGGAAACAGUCAGCCAUUCUCUAUGACACUAAUGUGGCUCACAAUGCCAAACCUGUAAAU